AUGGCUCAACCAGCACAAUUGCAAGAACAAAAUGAAAUAUCCAUGUUGAAGAGGGUAUUGGAUCGUUUUACUGUGAAUUGGAGAGUGAAGUCAAAAGACUUAAAGCCACAAACGAAAACCUCAAUGAUGUAUGUGUUGAACAUUCACUAA